AUGUCGGCCGGGGCUCCAACAAAUGUCGCCCAGAAAAAUCUCAUCGAUAAGGUGGCCCAGUACGUUUCCAAGAAUGGCAGCCAAUUCGAAAAUAUGAUGCGAGAGAAGCAACGGGGCAAUCCUGAAUAUGCAUUUCUAUUUCCAAAUGGAGCCUUCAAUAAAUAUUAUUUAUCCAAAGUUCGAUCUGAGCAAAUCGCGCAAAAGCUUACGAUGCAAAGAGACACAGUAAUGAGCGGGCAAGGUUCCCAGAAACCUUCUUUCAACCCUCAAACGCAGAAUAAAUGGAAUCCAACGUUGAAAAUUGGCGGUUUUUCGAAUCCAGGACCUGGCGCUUCUUGGAAGCCACAAGAAACAAACACUCGUCCAGCUGGUUUCGCGCCACAGAACUCUAAUCCAAAUCCCAAUUUUGUUGCUGAUCCGCAACCGGCGACGCAGUCUCAAAUCGACGAGUUAAAGGCCGAAUACAAAAAGAAAAAAGACAAUUUCGACCAAAAGAUUCGCGAGUCAGAGUCGAACUUGAAGGCGCAGAAGAAGAGUUUAGCAACGGACAGGGAAAAUAGCGUCGACGCGGUGAUAGAAGAGAAGAUCAGCUUUGAAUGCUCGAAUGAUGCGCUCAAGUUGGAUGUGAAUAUUGAAGACUUCAGUAGGAUCAUGAAGCCGAUUAUUAGGCAUUGUACAAAAGAGGCUAUCGCGGCUGGGAAGGAAUGGAUCUUAAGAAACGCGACAGAUUCAAAGACGUCUGAGCUCAUUUGUAAAUACAUCGCCGGCCGCGUACUCAGCAACAAUGCCACCUUUGAUAUGCGUUUGCACACCAUUUAUUUAAUAAACGAUGUCUUCCAUCACGCGCACAAGCGGGAGAAUCAUCUCAUUCUCGAAGCAUUUGAGGAGAUUAUCGUCCCGCUUUGGUCCGUCACGAAACUGAGGGCGGACAAGGAGAUCGGUGAAAGGCUGGUUGAAAAUCGCUUCGAAAGUCAUAUCGUCGAGUACAAGCAAUUCCGUGAUGCUUUGCGAGAUCGCUAUAGAUCUGAAGUAAAGCAAGCUGAAGAAGAGUUCGACUCUCAAUUCAAAUCUUACGAGUCCCAACACGGCGAUUACGUGAAACAUGCCGAUGAUGUUCUCAAAGAUUUGAUGGCGCAGAUUGACGAGAAGAAAAAGGCGAUGAAUGAGUGGGAAAAACGCGCAGAGCAGAGGAGACAGAAUGCAAUGGAAGCGGCGAAGCGAAACAAAGAAGGAUUAGAAAACUUUCAAAAACAACUCUCUGAGCGACAGCAGCUCAACAUGCAGGGUCAAAAUACUAAUUUCGGUCCGCUCGGCAAGCCGUGGGACGGAUCAUCUGAGGGACUGAACCCAACUCGACCUUAUUACAACUUGCCGGCAGGGCUCAUGGCUGCUGUCAUAAAGCUAGAUACGAAGCCGUUUUCGGAAGUUGAUCCAGAGAGUCUCAGACUUGUCCCGAACAUUCAGCCCUCUAAAAGACUCAUGGACGCUCUCGAUGAGUUCUACCGCCCGAUUCCCCCAACUGCUCAAAUCAAAGACAACUGGGUUGUUGGAUGCUUGGACCAAUUUUUCGACGCAAAAACAGAAGCUCUUAAAAAUGCAUCGAAACGCAACAUCAGCGAUAGUGAAAAUAGAUCUUUAGAUGAGUCAUCGACUGACGCGUAUGACAUGUUGGCAGCCAUGAAAGACCUAGGGAUGCCACCAGAAUCGCUGAGAAAUUUGGUCGAAUUUACAGAACCUAUUGCUGCCCCUGAUGUUCCUCGAUUGCCCGAAUCAGACGGAAGAAUAAUCGGUCUCAAUCAUAAGCGGGAAAUCGACGAACAAACUCCUUCAUGGUGCUAUCCCUGGAUGCCUUCCAUUUCCAAUGCUAAAAGAAUCGACGCUGAAGCUAAGUCGGCGAAGGAGAAGAAGGCUAAAGAAGAGCAGAAUAACUCUGACGAUGAAAAUUUGCAGUCGGAAGAGGAAAACCCACCUUCUGCUCCUGGUGGUGCUAGGGGACCUGAUCAUCAAUAUCCUCAGUCAGGGCAAUACUCUCCGUCGGACGUACCCAGCUACCCUGCUACUCCAAUGACACCUCUUGUCAUGCCCGGGUCCGUGAAGAAGCCAACGCCUCACUACAGCCAGACGCCAAAACAAAGUCCUUACAUCCAUCCACAUCAGCCUUCUUUGCCCCUCGGUGUAGAUGCUACAUCCAACUUUCCAGUAACUCCACUCAAAACAACUUCGAACACUGCCCAACUGCCUCUCUCUCAGAACACCCCUCUAUCGAAUUAUACUUCCCCACCUCCUUCCGCGCCCAAAACAGCAUCGAAUAUGAACUCCAGUCAAGCCGGCAUCCUCGGCCUCGGCGAUUCUAGCGAUGAAUCAUUCGUCGGCGUCUCAAACUCACAGAAAGAUGCAGACGACGAGCCUCCUGGAAUUUCUGACAGUUCUGACGAGGAUCAGCUUCCACCAGCAGCGAAGCCUUUAUCAUACGAUCAUCCCGUUCCUUCAGUCGAGAGUCGAGCCCCGAUUCUUUCUGCCGUUCCAAGCUUACACUCCCACAGUGGAAUGUCAGCUUCUUCGAUUCCCCCAACUCCUGUUGGUGCAGCGGAGCCAACUCUUGAUACGGAAAAGGAGAAACAAAUACGCGACGAGGCAAAGAGAAUUCGGAAAUUGAAGAAACGAGCGGAAAAGGAAAAACGUCGGGAAGAAAAGCGCAAGAAAAAGGAGGCAAAGAAGAAGCGGAAGAGAGAGGAAAGUCAAAAUUCUCAAGCUCCAAGUGCUUCCGAGCCCGAGAGCUUGGAUGGAUCUGGAAAACGUCGACCUGGAAGACCGCCAAAGAAGGACAAAGAACCUAAAAUUCCGAAACCCAGAGGUCGACCGCCUAAAGACCCGUUGAAAAGGUUGGAGAAGGAGCGUCAGUUGCAGCAGGCCAUUGAGCAGCACAAGAAAAGAGUUUGA